UGCCCGGCGAAUCUCAGUCGUGUCUCCAAACUCGCGCACGUAUCACCGUUUCGGCGUCGAAAAUUACAUCAGAAACGAAAACUUUUCCAUCGAACGGAGACCCAUCGAGUCGAGACGAGACGGUUCGAUUCCAGGGCGAAGAAGCUUCUGUACGUUAAAUAAUAAUUCCUCUUCGACUCGAGAGCCGAGGCAUCAUGCACAAAAACGUGGAAAAUGAACUCAUCAGGCCGGACGUACCGAGUCGCUGCACUUGGGUACCAAACGCCCUGGGCACGCCGCACACAAUGCGCCGCAAACAGGCGGACCGGAUGAAAGCUAUGCCAAACAUCCUUCACAGUAUAGGUCAAACACCUCUGGUCAAGCUCAAUAGCAUUACCAAGUAUUAUGGUAUCAAGUGCGAAGUCUUGGCCAAGUGCGAGUUCAUGAAUCCCGGUGGCUCGGUCAAGGACCGAAUCGGCUACCGCAUGGUGCAGGACGCCGAGACCAGGGGCCUGCUCAAGCCCGGCUGCACCAUCAUCGAGCCGACGAGCGGCAACACGGGCAUCGGCCUGGCCAUGGCCGCCGCCGUCAAGGGCUACCGCUGCAUCAUCGUCAUGCCCCAGAAGAUGUCCAACGAGAAGGUGUACACGCUGCAGGCCCUGGGCGCCGAGAUCGUGCGCACACCCACCGAGGCCGCCUGGAACAGCUACGAGGGCCACAUCGCCACCUCCCAGCGGCUCCAGAAGAAGAUCCCCAACAGCGUGAUCCUGGACCAGUACACGAAUCCGGGCAAUCCGUUGGCCCACUUCGAUCAGACGGGGGAGGAGAUCUGGGAGCAGUGCGACGGCAAGAUCGACUACCUGGUGGCCGGGGCUGGAACCGGUGGCACCAUCACCGGCAUCGGUCGCAAGAUCAAGGAGCUGUCGCCCAACACGGUGGUCGUCGGCGUCGACCCGGAGGGCAGCAUACUCGCCGAGCCGGCGGAACUCAACCAAUCGGACAAUCCCUACGACGUCGAGGGAAUCGGCUACGAUUUUAUCCCGACCGUGCUGGAUCGAUCCAUCAUCGACAGAUGGAUCAAGACCAAGGAUCUGGAGUCCUUCCACGCCGCGAGAAAGCUCAUCAGGCAGGAAGGAAUGCUGUGCGGUGGAAGCAGCGGAUCGGCCCUGGCGGCUGCCUUGAAGGUGGCCAAGGACCUGCCCGAGGACAAACGAGUCGUCGUUGUGCUGCCCGACGGAAUCCGUAAUUACUUGACCAAGUUCGUCUCCGACUCCUGGAUGGAAUCGAGGGGUUACUUGGACACUCCACCAGCUACUAAAAAGAACGAAUGGUGGUGGAAUUUGACCGUGAGGGCUCUGCUGGUCGAAGUUACCAAGCCUCUCCACUAUCCCAUAGAACUCCCAACUACUUGUAGAAGAGUCUGCGACUUUCUUCGCAUACGCAAAUUGGCACAGACCGCCAUAAUCAACGAGGAAGGCAAGCUCAGAGGUAUCGCCGUUCUCAACGAUGUCCAGAACGCCCUCAUUGCUGGCGAUGUGCAGCCGUACGAGGACAUCGACAAAGUUCUCACCAAGCAGUACAGAACAGUUACGCUGACGAUGCCGCUCGGCAAAUUGAGUCGAAUGCUGAAAACGGAGCAUUACGCGGCUGUCGUGGACGAAGAGACGAAAAAGUUUUUGGGAAUUGUGACGCCGAACGAACUUUACAAAAUGACCACACCGGAUUAUUCAACAAGUACUGAACUUGACGCUUGAAUUUUUUAAUUGUGUAUGAAUUUUAAUAUGACGAAUGAUGAUAGAAUAUUACACGUUUGUAAAAUAAGACUUAAAUUUUAAUAAAGCAUACUUUGUUUUAAUAAUAAA